AUGACAGCUCUACUGAUAACAGGCGCCACAGGGAAGCAAGGGGGCUCAGUCAUCAGAAACCUGGUCGCCAGAAACGCCCCUUUUGAGAUCCUCGCCGUCACCCGCAAUUCUCAGUCCCAGUCGGCCCAGAGACUCACGCAGUUGUCGUCCAACAUCAAACUCGUUGAAGGUGAUUUGAAUAACCCCGCGGGAAUCUUUCGAAAUGCGCGUCAGGUUGCCACGAACCCGAUAUGGGGUGUCUUUAGUGUUCAGACUCAGCAGGUAGCGAUUGGAAACGGCGCCCUGGAGGAGUCACAGGGUAAAGCCAUGGUCGACGAGGCCUUGAAACGGAACGUCAAGUUCUUUGUGUACACCUCCGUCGACCGGGGCGGGGAGUCAUCGACCACGAACCCAACACGCAUCCCGCACUUCAUCCACAAGCACAACAUCGAGCAGCACCUGAUGGAAAAGGCCAGGAACACCGAGAUGAGGUGGUUUAUACUGCGUCCAACCGCGUUCUUCGACAACCUUGUCCCCGGAUUCUUCGGCAAGGUCUUUGCGACUUGUUUCAAGAUGGCGCUUAAGGGGAAACCGUUGCAGAUGGUGGCCACCAGCGACAUUGGGUACUUUGGCGCGGAAGGAUUCCUCCGCCCGGACACAUACGCGGGCAGAGGUCUCUCACUGGCGGGCGAUGAGUUGACCUAUGACCAGAUGGUGGAGAUUUUCGAGCAGAAGACCGGGCAGCCGAUUCCGUCCACUUUUCGGCCGCUUUGUUCGUUCUUCAUGGCGUCCAUGAAGGAUAUGGGAUAUAUGUUCAAGUGGUUCCAUGAUGCAGGAUACAAGGCGGACAUCCCUGAGCUGAAAAGGAUUAACCCCAACCUGAAAGACUUUGGGGCGUGGUUGGACGAGGAGAGUGAGUUCAGGAAGCGCUAA